AUGCAUGCUCGCCUCCGAGCAAUGAUGCCUGCUGUCAAGACCAUCCUCGCGGGGCUGGGGGUCGGUGGUGCUUUGCCACUCGCAGUGACUGUGCACGAUCAGUGGCAGGCGCACAUAGAUCGCAAUCGAAUCAUGAAUCGGGUGAUCCACAGCGCCUUCCAUGCUGCCAAGCCCGAAGUGGAAAUCCCGCGCAAGCACGUCCAGGCCCAGAUCAGCGGGUUGCUGGACCUGGCUGAUCGCUCCCCCCUGCUGAUCUGGGGGAAUCAUCAGUCCGGCAAGAGCUUCGCCGUCUUCAAGGCAUGCCGAGAGGCAGGCUUUCACCAGGGCAUCGUCCACGUGAAGCUCGACAGCGACAAGGAGGUCGCAGGAGAAAGGCUGCGCCAGCAGCUGGGUGCCCCUGGCCACGUUGAGGUCGAGGAGGCCUUGAAGCAGGCGGCAAAGACCUUGGGCCGAGUGCCCAUCAUCAUUUUGGAAAUUGCUCGGCAGGUGAGUGAGAUGAAAGUUCUCGCCAGUUGCUCUGGCCUCGCCAAGAUGUUGGGCUACGACGCCGAACUGGCGAAGGUGAUCGUUUUGGCGUGCAGCGCCUCCAUGGCGCUGAGCUUUGACGCCGAUGCCCGGGAAGUUCGGUGCCAGAUCGCAUCGCUGAAUGAAGAAGAGUGCGAGCAGCCGGAGGCGGGGGCCUUUUUUGCCGAGCGCGUUCCUUUGUUUGGCAUGCUCCCUCAGGCCCAGCAGUUCCUCCAGCACCACGGUGGAGACGCGGCUGUCGAGCACAAGGCCGAGCUCCUGCACCUCAGUGGUGGCAACGUGGGCAAGCUCGAGGAGCUCGCCAAGAACCUGAAAACCCAGCCCAUCGAGCAGGUCCGGCAGGAAGCCCUGGGCGAGCAGGAGCAGGAGAUCCUACGCUUCCUCGGCAUCGAUGCGCAUGGUGGAUUUGACGGAACCAAGGCCGCCAAGGAGGUGGCCCGCUGCGUGGCUGACGCUCCAUUUCACCAGUGCGUGAGGUCCAAAGACUUCAUGGCACGUUUCACCAGCAAACACCUAGCUCAGGCAGUGAAGGCGCAAGGCGGCCACUGCAUCUAUGUAAAGGCCACCACUAAGGCGGAUGAGCGGUUUUGCGCAGCGUCGCCAUCCGUGCACGCUCUGCUCAGGGAGAUGGCACCUGCUCUUGAAACCGACGAGAAGCCCAAACAAGCCCAGACUGGGGGAUUGUGGUUUUGA